AUGGCAUCUAACGCCGAGCAGCAGAUUCGUCAGAACAUGAUCCGACGAGAUCUCGCGGAUCUCGACCCCAACAACGAGUGGCCACUCCGGCUACUGCGGUAUCCCCGCAACAUCUGGUACCACGUACCAGACAAGAUGCCAAAAGGUUCGGGCUUCUUGCACGGUCCUGGGCUCAACCCCGCUGACAACCAGGCCAGGCCGAACCGACUACCGGCGGAGGCCAUUGCGCGGCGUGAUGCUGCCCGACGGCAGCAGGAACUCAACCAAGACAUCGUGUCCUCCGGGGGAUGCCCCCGCAACAUUGGGUGUCUCCCGGGUGGUUUUUGGAUGCCCCCGCAACAGCCUGCAUGGGUGGUGUCGAAGAUCAACAAGCUUACCGCCUUUGCUCCUGCUUUCCCCCGACAAUCUCCGCGAGUGGCCGAAGGCUGCCGACGGAAAGUACCUGAUGAGCUGCCAGACCUCCGCGGUGAUUCCGCUUCAAGACAAGAUGACACGGGCACUACUUACCUGACCCUGCUCCCAUCACUCCCCAUCGUGCUCAUGAUGGACAAGGAUACUGGCCCCUCCAGAGACGAGAAGGACAAUUUGGGAUGCCCCCGAGGCGUCGGCUUCUUCACAUUGACGGCAAGCUGUGACUACCCCGAGAGUCCCAAGGACACGAAGACCUGCUACCGAUGCGGUCAGAGUGGCCACAUCAGCCGUGACUGUCCCCAGAGCGGUGGUGCUCCCCAGAUGAGUGGUGGUGGCGGUGGCGGUGGCUCCCAGAAGUGCUACAAGGUGUGGCCCGUCUACACGGGUUUGGAGUUUUUGCGAGAAGAGUUGGCCACAUCGCGCGCAGCUGCCCCGAUGUCUUCGCUCGUGGCUGCCCAGGCCGCACCCAGCUUCUUCCGUCGAGUACCCACCCCCGUUCAUUUACUACUCCCCGAGGCCUGUGUCUUCGUAGCCAAUCUCCCGGAGGCGAAGUCCGACUCGGUACCAUUUACACGGUUUUGGAGUUGUAUAACUCUAUACGGCUAUGCCGUUUCCAACCGUUACGCCGGCCAUCAUGCACAACUAGUGCAUACGUACCCGUCUCCCGUCGUCCAGGUCAAGGGCGUCAACCGAUACUACAUGGACGCCAACGAGGAAACCUUACACUGCACCGACUGCGGUGCCGACCCGAAGACCAGACCAGCGGUGGCCAAGUCGGACUUGGUACCGUUUAGACGGUUUUUGGAGUUGUGUAACUCUAUAAUGAUCACCACUUCGGUUCGGUCCUCGUCAAGAUCCGUCGCGCGAAAGGGGUAUGCCGAUGUCGCCAAGAAGCAGGGAAAGAGGAAUGCUCAUUGGGGGCUGUGCUUCGCGGCGCUCAUGAUGGACAAGGAUACUGGACGCCCCAGAGCCUUCGGGUUCGUCAUCUUUGAGGGUGAGGCUGCCCACUUGGAGAUCCAUGGUCUUGUCUUGGAUACGCUUCCAAUUUUUAGAUAG